AUGUCCGAUGCUAAAGAAGGCGGAGAUCUCUUUGAUAUGGCCAAGGAUGGCACAUCCAUUCCUGGUGACGCAGGCAAGAUGAACACAAUCAAGUCCGUUCCCAACCCUGCGCAGCGCGAUGGCGAGGCCGCAGGCGGUCUUGGUGCAACUUCGCUAGCCAACGCAGCUGACAAUGCUCUCAACGAGCAUGAGGGCCGAGAAUCAGGCAUUGGCGAGGUCAUCAGCGCUACGGGACAUGAUAUUCCCAACUCAGUCACUGGAAAGCCCGGUGGUCGCGGCGGUACCCAGGGCAAGGAGGAGAUUCGCGCCGACACUGGUGGUUUCACCAAGGAUCGGUCAGCGGAUAAGUUUUAA